UACAAAGUAAUUCUGCACAAAAUAUGACCCUUCUUCGGCUGGAGCUAAAAAUAACUUAAGGUUUUGAGAGAGCUGCUCCGUGUUGAAGCUGAAGAGUGAGUUGUUCAAUGUUGGAUUUUCUUUUCGGUUUGGACAGGAAAUAAAGCUUGGAUAUUGUCUGGACCUGUAUCCAACAAUGGUUCGACCUUGGAAAAAAGCCACAAGAAUAAAAUAAUCAACCAUGUGACCUCGAAUGAACGUUAUCGUUUCCAAGAAAGCCCCGCUUUCAUCAGCUUCUGCUUAUUCCAAGUCAACUAACAAGCACAGCAAAAGAAGUCGCAAGCAUCAGCGUUACAAUGAGCGAAGAACAAGCACGAGUAGCAACAGCAGCUUCCACAAUCCAAACAAUGAUAAUAAACAUUCUGUAAAGAAAAAGUCGCGACAUCGAAAAAGUAUGGGGACCUGCACUUCAAAGAAGAAACCGAAAGAAAAUCAGGAAAAUGUGGAUACAGAAGACGUAUGGAAGAAACGGACAGAUGAACCUGUAUCCGAAACGACCGAAACUGGUUUGUACAAUUUUAGGAGAGAAGAUCCACUGAUAACGGAAUUAAAGUCAGUUCUUCCGAGUAGGAAUAUAUCCGAAAAUGUAAAUGUUCCGUCCAAUACCAAAGGAAUCAAAAUGGCGGACGACUCUUCAUCUGGUAGCCAUGGAUUUGUGACACCGUUGUCAACUCCACCAGUCAGAAGAGUCCAGCAUCCAGUAUUCAAGGUCACCACUCCUCCACCGUCCAGAAGAACUGUGGAACCUGAUACAAAUAAAAUUUCGAGCCCCGUUCUUCGCCGAGUCAAGAAACAAAGUGAAGUAGCACCGCCAUCCCCACCUCCGAGGUACAAAGAACUUUUUCAGACGGAAUCUCCUCGAUCAGAUCCACCAGAAAAGAAAACAAAUGAAGAGGCGCCCGAAUUGCCUCCACGCAGAAAUAGACUAGGGAGCAACAAACUUUCGAGCCCUAGUCUUUCUAGAAGAGCGGAAAAUAAAAAAGAGUACCUGAAUACAUCUUUCAGUAAGCCACAGGAAGAUCAAACCAAUACGUUUGAAUUAAAGAGUAAUGAAAAACAAGUCAUUUGUGAAAAUUGUAAUUCUCCAGUUUUAUUAAGAAAAGAUGAUCGUGCCCCAACACCCCCUCCUCGAAAUACGCAAGCUAAAGCUUCCCCGGAGUCUGCUCAACUUGGUUCACCUUCUGUCCGAAGAGCAUAUCCUGUGUUCAAAAUUGACACUCCGCCAUCAACAAGACGGAUUAUUGAGAUGAGUAAGGAGACCACAGACACUAAAUGUAAUGAAUUACCGAAGGAAAUAAGUACCGAUACGUCAACAUCAAUUCAACAAUUAAAAUCUGCUCAAAUACAACAUCUACCCUCAAAGGAAAAUGAUUUAUGUAGGCCAAUAUACUCUACGAUUUCAAAGCCAAAAGCAGCGGAAAUCGCACCUUCUGAAUCCCUUGUAAGAAGAAAAAAUAAUGAAACUGAUGACGCGCUUGUGGUAUGUGAUGAUUCCAAAUAUCUUGUGAGGAAAGAGAAAACUUUGUCAAUGGAAAUAGAAGAGGAAAACCUUCGUAAUUAUAUGCGGGAACAUGCAGGGAAAUCAUCGGCCACAAUGAAUGUGUUACCAGGCCCUGUUCUUGUGAAACAGGUUAAAAUGCCAUCACCCGUGAGAGCAGUGUUAACUGAUGUUCCUCCACCAAGUCCGAAUUCCCUUGACAUACUAGAAGAAGAGGAAGAUAUAGAGAAUGACUUGGAUGAAGAUAAACAGGACAGAAAAAGUAAAGAGAUGGACCAGUUCAAUGAUAGUGUGUGUCAGAGACUUUCUCAGCUCCUAGAAACAAAAGAGGUCAUAAUGCAUGAUAAAGACUUUGAAGAAACUGACAAUAGUGCCAUCCUGAAAGAUAAUUUAGUUGAUUUCGCUAAUGACACACCACAAGUUGAUAAGGAAGACACAGAAAUACCAAUCGAAACGGUUCCACCACCUCCAGAAUAUUUUGACGAUUUCUCUUUAGAUCUCAUGAACAACAGUAAUCAGGGAAUGAAUGCAAGUGAGGACGUAAGUGAGAAAAAGGAGGAUGUUGAGUGUUUAUCAAAGGAUCAAAGUGUUCCACUCUUAAAUACAAAUUCCAUCAAACAAAAUAUUACACCACAAAAUAAAUUCAAUUAUAAAGACUAUUGUCAGAAUAAAAAGCAAACAAGCAAAGGUAUUCAGGAGAAAAUUAACCUGAUAAGUGAGUCGGCUGCUUCAUCAAGUCGUGAAGAUCCAGAUGGAAUAUCGGAUAAAGUUGUGAUCGAGGAAAGCAUUGUUCCUAUUUCAAUUAAACGAAGGAGCUACGAACCUUAUGCUGAAGAAAGACAAUCUGAACUUUUGUGUGACGUAAUUCAGUCCUAUGCAAAGUCUGAGGAAUCCGAUAUAGAGAAAAUUAUGGACGAACCUGUCGUUAGUAAGAGUUCGGUCAACCUAGAAGAAAAGAAAAAGAAAUCAACUUCUCUUGACAGGAAACCUUCAAAGCUUGACCAGUCACUGAAAAAGCUGUUUGAAGUUCCCGUUAAAGAAGAUACUUACGACAAGCUUCUUCCUUUAGAGUCUUUCCUAGAUGAUGUUAUAGAUCAACCGUUACAAUCAGAAGGAACACUUCCUUUUGAUCCGUAUGAUUUGGAUGAAAGGUUAAGAAAUAGAAGAGUCCUAGGUGGGCGGCAUUCUGUCACAAGAACAGAAUCUGACAUUGAUAUAUCAGAGCCAGGCGAUGAUUGGAGAGAUGAUAUUAGUUCUGACAGUAAUCAGGCUGAUGAUGAGGAUGAAGUGGAAAGUGGGGAGGUAGUUUUCAGCAAAUCUUUCCCGGAUACUCGAAGAUAUUCGGAAAAACGGCAGGGACGGGACAUUAAAUAUGACGCUUCUGUUCAACACGGAACAUUCCAGGAUGAAAAUGUGGAUAAUGAUUUUUCAGAUGAGGAGUACGAUGAUGUUGAAGAUUAUGAAAUUGAUGACGCAGCUGAAGACGAGGACUUGUGGAUGAAUGAAAAAGAUCUGGAAAAACGUGAUUUGGAACCAGUGGUGUUUGGAGCUGAUUAUUAUCCAAUGGAACAUCCUAGAGAUGCGGGUGACGUGGCAUACAGCAGUGCCAGACGACAGAUGCAUGAAAUCCAUUCACAUUUGUUAAACUUGAGAGAUCAAAUGGAGUAUCUGGCAGAUGAGUCGGAGAAUUCCAAUUUAAAACCAAGUAGAUGCAGUGGAAUUUCUUCAGGAGAAAAACAUUGACUUCUUUAUUCUAGUUUUUAAAGAUAAUGUUACAUCUAGGAUAUGAUCUAAUAUGUUUAGAUUUCUGAGUUUUUUUCACAUGUAUGUAAAUUUUGUUUUAUAAGAUUUAACAUGCGUAAAUGACAAAUAGGCUUUUGCUACUUUUUACUGAAACUGCUCACAUGCUUCUGUUUUUACUACAUUAGAUGUUAAUGAAUGAUAAGCAUUAACACUUUUAGUUUAGAAACAUAACAUGCUAGGCCUGUUUUUAUAAAAAAAAAAAAAAAUAUUUGUAUCAUUUUUUUUAGAAAAAAAAGUUGUAUGAAAACGAAUUUUCUGCAAAGAAAAGAUUAAAAUCGGAAGCCUCAAGUUGAACAUAAAUUGAAAUAAAACAUUGCAAAAAAUUGCAAAACUAGCAGUGUAUAUUUGUAUUUUAUUGUAUGUUUAAAUAUAAUUCAAAAUUUA